GAGGAGCCCGGCUCCGCGGUGGGAGGUGGGUGAUCCUGGAACGCAGUUAUUUAUCAACCCCGGUUAAGUUGUAAUAUUUCAGAGUAGAUAGAGGAAACUCUAAUGGUCCCUGUGGAUACGCGGAGAAGACACAACUAUGGCGAGGUCAAAGGCGAGGGUAUAUACUUGUUGCGCACUGAUGCUGCUCUGCCUGGUGGCCACAAUUGUGUGUGUGGCUGUCCUUGUGAGGCGCAAAUGCCCAGAUGGCACUUUUUCACAUGCUGCGGUGGCUGCAGACUCAAAGAAAUGUUCGGAGAUUGGAAGGGACAUGCUCCAAAGAGGAGGCUCCGCUGUAGAUGGCGCCAUUGCCGCGCUGCUGUGCACAUCCAUCGUGAACCCGCAGAGCAUGGGGAUUGGAGGGGGCUCCAUUUUCACCGUGAUGGACAGCUCUGGUCACGUGAAAAUCAUCAACUCCAGAGAGAGGGCGCCCUCCCAGGUGAAACCAGAUCUGCUCAAGUCUUGUCCCAAGACUUUUCAACUCCUGGCAGGUUACGAAAAGGCGCACAAGCUUUAUGGAAAGUUGCCCUGGGCCUCCCUCUUCCAGCCAACCAUCCAGAUGGCCAGGGAAGGAUUCCCCAUACCUCAAGUCCAAGGACGGUACAUCCCCUACACUGACACCAACGAGACCCAGUCCCUACGGAACCUUUAUUCAGAUGCAAAUGGGAACUUGUUAAAGGCCGGAGACAUUGUGAAAUUUGAGAAACUGGCUGAUACGUUGGAGAUGAUUGCUAACCAUGGAGCGGACACCUUAUACACUGGAAGAAUAGCGGUGGAUUUGAUUCGUGACAUACAGGAGGCAGGAGGAACACUUACACUGCAGGACUUGGCAUCGUAUAAAGCUACAGUGACUGAUGCGUGGGCUGUUCCUUUGGGAGAGUACCAGAUGUACAUCCCCCCACCACCUGCCGGAGGAAUCAUCCUCAGCCUCAUCCUCAAUAUCAUGAAAGGAUAUGAGAUGAAUUCAGAUCCUCUGACGGUGGAUCAAAAGACGCAGUUUUAUCACCGUUAUGUUGAAGCUUUUAAAUUCGCCAACGGACUUAAGAGGGAGAUAAGAGACCCACAGUUUGGCUCAGAGAAAAUGGCAAAGAAUCUCACAGAGGAUAGGUUUGCCAACCACAUACGGCGUUUGAUAAGCAGCGACAAGACACAUGAUCCUGCGUAUUACAAUAUGAGCGGAUAUUUGGACAGCCUGGGCACCACACAUGUGUCUGUGCUGGCUGAAGACGGAUCUGCUGUUUCCGUCACCAGCACCAUCAACCACAUAUUUGGCUCCAAAGUCGUCUCUCCGAGCACUGGAAUCAUCCUCAACAACGAGCUGUCUGACUUCUGCGGAAGAGUUGAAAGCAUCUUCCCUGGGGAGCAGCCUCCCUCCUCCAUGAGCCCCACUGUGCUGAAGUCUCAGACAAAAACGCUGGUGAUUGGAUCGACUGGUGGGAGUAUGAUCACGACGGGGCUGGCCUCUGCACUAAUCAACAACCUUUGGUUUGGAAAGAGCCUCAAGAAAGCAAUUGCUGUUCCUGUUGUUUUUGUAGACUCUCAAAAUGCAGUUAAGUUUGAGCCCAGCUUUGAUAAGCGUGUGAUUGAGGCUCUUAAAGCUAUGGGGCACAAUCAUGAAACAGCAAAAAAAUUCUACAACGUGGUUAAUGCUGUGGAGAAGGUGGAUGGCUGCCUCUGUGCAGUGUCUGAUGCCAGGAAACUUGGAGAAGCAGCCGGUUACUGAGAGCAAGAGUCAGAGCUGUGGGUUGUUCUGAGUUUUUCCCUGAAAAAUGUAAAGAACUGUAGCAAAAGAUGUCUUUCCUGCUGGAGAGUCAUCAAACAACACUCUGGAAAACAGGAUCCAUCAUCUUAGCAUUUGCACAUGGGGUUUUAGCUGUGCAAAAAAAACAACAGCUCUUACCUGUUACAGCAUCUGAGCCUGUACCUUUCUUAUGUCUAAGGUCAUUUUUUUCCAUUUUUACACAAUCCUUUUUCUUUCACUUGCAUACAAGUGACCUCAUCAUUUUACAGAAGUCCUUAAUACACAAGAGAUUAUAUUAGUGGUGAAUAAGUCAUUCUUAUCUGUUGUCUGCUAUCUAACACAUUUCACGUUGGAAUUUUUCUUUCAGCAUUCUAAUUGUAGUCUUGAUUUAUUGAAAAUACUUUACACAAUGAAAAUGUAACAUAGAGGAAUACACAAAUGCUCUAUACUCUAUAAAUAUACAGUAUAUAAACAGUUUUUACAUUGUGUGCAUUAAUGGACUGAAGGUUUUCCCUAGCUGAUGUUGUUACUUUCCAUUCUUACAAAAGAUUUUUACAAAAUUA